GUGCAAGGGUGCUAUAGGACGCGCUAAACCAUAAGAGCCACAAAUCAAGCACACAGGUCUAUGCUAUUUUACCUCUAAAAUAAUAAAAACAACAACAAUACCUACAUCGAGCAAACGGUGGAAUUGUCAACAAAUGAGCUCCUAUUUUGUGAACUCAUUCUGCGGUCGCUAUCCCAAUGGCGCGGACUUCCAGUUACAUAAUUAUGGAGACCAUAAUACGGCAAACGACCAAUACAGAGACUCAACAGCCAUGCAUUCCAGCAGGUAUGGCUAUGGCUACAACGGGAUGGACCUAACAGUCGGGCGGACCGGUACCGGACACUUUGUGAGCAGCGAGCAGACACCGGGCUACUCCCCGAGUCACUCAGCGGCGACAACACCCUCGGUGGAGCCGGUCAGGUACAGCCAGUCCGCCAGCAGCACCGGGACUUCGUCUCUAUCGCCACCACCUGACCCACUACCGUGCUCCUCGGUCGCCACCUCGUCCCCGGUCACCGAGACUCAAUCUCAACACCGAGCCGUGAAAAACUCUAUAACAAACCCGUGCUCAACCCCGUGCUCGAGCUCGAACGGAGGCACGCUGCUACUCAGCCGGGACUGUGUGUCCAAAGCUUCCCCUCUCGAGGAAGAGAAGCCUGCGGGAAGCGCACCAACAACUCCUCAAAAUGUCACCGACUCAACACAGCCUCAGAUAUAUCCGUGGAUGAGAAAACUACAUAUAAAUCAUGAUUUGUCAGGACCAGAGGGGAAGAGAGCCAGGACUGCAUACACCCGGUACCAGACCCUGGAGCUAGAGAAGGAGUUCCACUUCAACCGGUACCUGACCCGCAGGCGGAGGAUCGAGAUUGCCCAUGCCCUCUGCCUCUCAGAGAGACAGAUCAAAAUCUGGUUUCAGAACCGCAGGAUGAAGUGGAAGAAGGACAACAAGCUGAAGAGCAUGAACAUGGCGGCUGCAGGCGGGGGAGGCUACAGGCCUUAAUAUGCACUCCUCUACCCCUGAUAGCGAGCACUCUAAAAAAAUAAAUAAAACAAAGAUUGUCAUAUCAACUUCUUCUCCUCCUAUUUGAAAAAGCGCGAGAGACUUGUGAACGGGCUGUGUGCGGGACAAGGGGACACCCCAUAUAGGUCCACUGUAUGUCGAACAACAGUCCCAUUAUAUUCCUUAAUAUUUCCUUUUUAUUUCCACCGUGGUUAUGCUUAUGUGAGUAAAAUUAUGCAUCAUGUACAGUUCUGUCUAGAUUUAGUAGAAAAAGAAACAAAAUAAAUGUUUGUUUAAAUUAUUUCUUGUUCAGACGAAAAAAUAAAAUAAAAACGUCAAAGCUUGAAAUGCUACCUAACUACCGCAAAAAAAGAAAGAAAAAUCCAGUAAAAGUUGUGUGCUGCACUCAGAACAAUAGGGUUGAGGUUGAGCUGCCUUUGUGUUUAGCUUUUGUUUUCUAUGUAUGUACUGUAUGUAUUUAUUUGUUUGAUGUAUUGUACCAACUUGCUUCCUAAAGUAGAGCCAGCAGAGACGUAAGCCUUGUGUGGUCAUUGUGUGCGUUGUAUGGACAGAGGUGCCGAUUCAGUCUUGUAUGUACAGUAGCUGUGCCUUGCAUCUUUUUUUUCUUUUGCUGCUGUUUGCGUUGUUUACCUGGGUUUACCAACAUCUUUAGUAAAAGCGUAUGAUGUCUUUGUUUUCUCUAGCUGUUUUUAUGUGGAGGGUCCCCACGGUAAAUUCCAUUGCCUAUGUGUAUAACUCCAUCGUGAUUAGCUUUUUGUAAAUGUUUUUGAAAGACUGGAAGUCAAGAAUAUACUAUAAUAACAAUAAUGCUGACGAUGAUGGCCAUUAUAAUAA